AUUUGAAGAACCCACGCGAUUUUAUAUUACUUUAUAAAGACAUGUUCACACCAUUGAAUAAACAAUAUUGUAACCAAACUUCGGUUUUCGUGAACCAUUGGUUUCCCUGGAAAAUGAAAUAAACUGUGGUGCUAUAAAAGGGAAUCGAAAUACACUUAAACUAAAUUUCACAAUUCAGCUGGUUUGCAUUAUUUAGUAAACUACUUGUCAAAUUUUAUUCAACUAAACGUUUCUAUAUCAGAAUGUCUUGCAUUCUCAGAGAUAGAAACACGGGUCUUUUUUAUGUAACGAUUAUUCUUGUCCUAAACUCGGUUUUUGGGCGCAAAAUUGAAUACUCGGCAUCUCUAAAUAUCGAAUGCGAUAAAGUCAAUCUUUGCGCCGACGGACAGAAAUGCAUGAUUGGUGAAUGUCGAAAAUUAGUUGCCGAAAUUGACUCGAGCUGCGAUUUUAAUUGCACAAAUUCUGACCCUGUUUGCGCUUCGAAUGGAGAAAACUUCGCUUCUCAUUGUGAAAUGGAACGUGAAAACUGUCUUCACGGCUUAGAACUAUACGCCGUUUGUCACAACGACUGUCCUUGUAGUUUUGAACAAUCAGAAACGACUGCUCGUCAUUGUGAUGCGGAAGAGACGAAAGAGAAAGUGGCGGCGUAUUUUCACGAGAGGAGCUCGGAUGACUUCUCCGAGCUGCUCGCUUCCUCAAAAGAUUCUCCGAAGUUGCUCUUGAGUUAUGCUCAUCAACAAUGUCCCUACGCGACCCUAUGGGGCUACUCAGUGAUGGAUCUGAACCAGAGUGGGUUCCUGGAAGAAGCUGAACUCAUUGACUUGUACUUGACCUUCAAUGACCCCUGUGUGGUGGGGUUAGUGACCAGGUGUGACCGAAAUGGCAACGGCAUGUUGUCUGUGAACGAGUGGUGUUACUGCAUGCAAGACAAUAGACCCCCUUGCUUCAAGGCACUGAAUGCAGUUCCUGUUACACUAGAAAAAACUGACGACAACAAAAACUCCGAUCAAUCAAUCAUUUCCUUGCCUUCCAGUGAAGGCAAGACGACCACUUCAAAGCCUUCAGUGGGUCAAUUCUACCCCGGUUCAUACAUCCCAAUGUGUGACAAGGAGGGGUAUUUUUUGCCCACUCAAACAUGGGCCGACAAAGUCUGGUGUGUGGAUGAAAUAGGGCAUGAAAUUGUGCCAGAUGACCGGUAUGGUAGUGGGACGGAAUGCAGCAUGGAAUUGCAGGCACUCCGAGAUAGAGAACAAAAAGGGGAUGAGAACCAAUGGGACGACGUUUAAAUUUGCCUACAAAACUGAGUUUUCACAAAUAUUAGAACUGAAAUUUUUUAUAGUCAUGAAUAUGUGCAAGCAAUUUAGUGGUUGCAGUUUUAAACCAACGUGAUGUUUGCAUUUUAUUGAUUAGUUGCCUCAUAUAAUAAAUUUU